GAAGGCGGGUCCGCGAUCUCGUCGCUCCCGUUCGCCACGGUCCGCCUCCCGGGCUCCGCCGCAGCGUCAGCCUCGGUCGGGCCUCGGCGCCGGCUGCGGCUCGUCGGCCUCAGUCCCAGCGCUGCUUGGUGCCCGUCGGCCCUUGUCAGCAACGCCUCGGGCCCUCGCUUCCUCGACGCCGGCCUAGCCCGCGGCUUCAGCUCCGGGAUCCUGUCGGCGCCGCCCGCUCCCGGCCCGCCCCCUAUGGGCCCCGGCUAGAGGCGCCGCUGCCGCCGGCUCGCGGAGCCCCGAUGCUGGCCCGGAGGAAGCCGGUGCUGCCGGCUCUCACCAUCAACCCCGCCAUCGCCGAGGGCCCGUCCCCCACCAGCGAGGGCGCCUCCGAAGCAAACUUGGUGGACCUCCAGAAGAAGCUAGAGGAGCUAGAACUUGAUGAGCAGCAGAAGAAGCGGCUAGAAGCCUUCCUCACCCAGAAGGCCAAGGUUGGGGAGCUCAAGGAUGAUGACUUCGAAAGGAUCUCAGAGCUGGGAGCUGGGAAUGGUGGGGUUGUCACCAAGGUCCAGCACAGACCUUCAGGCCUCAUCAUGGCAAGAAAGCUGAUUCACUUGGAGAUCAAACCAGCCAUUCGGAACCAGAUCAUCCGUGAGCUGCAGGUGCUGCACGAGUGUAACUCCCCGUACAUCGUGGGCUUCUACGGGGCCUUCUACAGUGACGGGGAGAUUAGCAUCUGCAUGGAGCACAUGGACGGUGGCUCUCUGGACCAGGUAUUGAAAGAAGCCAAGAGAAUUCCAGAAGAGAUCCUGGGGAAGGUCAGCAUUGCGGUUCUCCGGGGCCUGGCGUAUCUCCGGGAAAAGCACCAAAUCAUGCACCGAGAUGUGAAACCAUCUAACAUCCUCGUCAACUCCCGAGGAGAGAUCAAGCUGUGUGAUUUUGGGGGUGAGCGGGGCAGCUCAUCGACUCCAUGGCCAACCUCCUUCGUGGGAACUCGAUCCUACAUGUCUCCGGAGCGGUUGCAAGGCACUCACUACUCGGUGCAGUCGGACAUCUGGAGCAUGGGCCUGUCCCUGGUAGAAUUGUCCAUCGGAAGGUACCCCAUCCCCCCGCCGGAUACCAAGGAGCUGGAGGCCAUAUUUGGCCGGCCCAUGGUUGAUGGGGCAGAAGGAGAGCCUCACAGCAUCUCACCACGCCCAAGACCCCCCGGACGCCCCAUCAGUGGUCAUGGGGUGGACAGCCGGCCAGCUAUGGCUAUCUUUGAACUGCUGGACUAUAUUGUGAAUGAGCCUCCUCCUAAGCUGCCCAGUGGUGUCUUCACCCAAGACUUCCAGGAGUUUGUGAAUAAAUGCCUCAUUAAGAACCCAGCCGAGCGAGCGGAUCUGAAGAUGCUCAUGAACCAUGGCUUCAUCAAACGGUCCGAGGUGGAAGAAGUGGAUUUUGCUGGCUGGCUGUGUAAAACGCUGCGUCUGAACCAGCCCAGCACGCCUACACGUACCGCUGUGUGAUGGGUCCAGCAGGCAACCUGUCUGAGUCCUGUCUACUUGCCCUUCCCGCCCAGGACAGACUGGCUCCUCCCCUCCCUCUCCUGCCGAGCCUGGAGGAGACGACAUGCACACGGCGGCACAUUCACUUCCUCUUCCACCUGUCCCGGCCGAGGGCCCUCUGCUCUCUGGGGAAGGGUGAUACUGCCCAUGUUGUCUCUCAGAACCUGCUUACCUAGGUUUAAAAACACAAAACAAAACAGGGAAAGAAAAAGCAAACCAAGCCCAUUGUACUUGUUCCAUUUGUUCUUUGAGUGUCAGCCUCCGGUCCCACCCCAGGAAGAGCAGCAUCCCUUGAAGCAGCCCUCGCCCCCAGCCAACCGGGCCACAGAGAAAUUGGGGUCGGGUGGCGUCGGGAACUGGCUUUGCCCUUUUUGCAAAGGGAUGAAGCCUCAGAGGGAACCCCAGGACAUUGGCAUCUUUCAACAAAACAGGAAGCACUGCCUUGCAUUUCUGUGUGUCAUCCCCUUGCCUGACACCUGUCCCCUGAAAGGUGCCCCUCAGCAGCCCCAAAGAGCGGCCAGCCAGUUGGUUGUCAUGAGGUCCACUUCCCCCCGGCCAUUGCCGCCUCCUGUCAUGCAGCCUGGAACAGGCAACCCUGCCUGUCGUCAGCAGAGUGUGGCCAGCCCCAAAGGGGUCCUGGUCCUCUCCUGUGCCUUAGGAGCAGUCAGUUCAAGCCUUCACAGUGGCAACCGAGCUGCCACUCGACUCAGUGGAAAGGAAGUGUUGGGUUUCCAAGCUGUUGGUGUGGUUGAAACCCCCAGCCGAUCCAGUAGAUAAGGCCUGUGCUCCCCUCGCCUGCAGAUGUGGGCGGGUGGCACCCUCAGUCAACUCUGUUCGCCUGGAGUGAACCAAGAGUGACCACCCAGGGCACGUCACUCUUCUGGGCCCUUGAACUGUUCAUCCGUAGCUGGCUGUAAAUAAAACAGUGACAGGAGGUUGUCCCAGUUCCCGUGUCUGGUGGGGUGGCCAGCCUCUGCCUUCAGGGCUUAGACAGUAGGAAGUGGGGGAGGCCAGGCUCCCCUCCUCCAAACUGAAGAUGUUAAAGCUGUCAGCCGCCCCCUCAAUACUUCCUGAUGGCGUGAAACAAGCUGAUACUUAUCUGUGGCGGAUCUCUCGGGGGAAGGGCCCUCUGAGCGGGUCUUGGCCUGGUGCGGUCCAAGCUGUCCCCGGCUUUCUGGAGAAGGUGCCGCAGAGAUCAGUGGCUUGUGGCCCUGUGGGAACUGCUAGACCCUUCUUUAGGGAGACCCACCUAGUCCCCCAUGUUUUUUUUCCUGUGGACACCAAAGAUAAGACUAGUUGGUUCUUUCAACCAGUCUUCCAGGGUUCCGCCACUUCAUAUUUUUCCCCCAGAGUCUCACCUGACUUAGAAGAAAA